GCUUGGGGGAGCCACGAGCCGAGGAGCAUCCGCAGAGGCAAGAGGCGAGGACUCCCUUUCGUCCAGGAAAAGAAAAUGGUGAAGCUGGGAAAUAAUUUUAGCGAGAAGAGCACAAAGCAGCCCCUCUUGGAGGAUGGAUUUGACACCAUCCCCUUGAUCACACCCCUGGAUGUCAAUCAACUACAGUUCCCACCUCCUGAUAAGGUGGUGGUCAAGACAAAAACAGAAUAUGAACCUGACCGCAAGAAAGGAAAAUUUCGUACUCCUAAAAUAGCUGAGUUCACAGUCAGUAUCACUGAAGGUGUCUCAGAACGGUUUAAGGUAACUGUUUUGGUCCUUUUCGCCCUUGCAUUCCUGACAUGUGUUGUAUUUCUGGUAGUCUACAAGGUUUACAAAUAUGACCAUACCUGUCCAGAAGGUUUCAUUUUCAAGAACAAUCAAUGCAUUCCGGCUGGAUUAGAGAACUACUACUCUGAACAAGACUCUAGUGCUAGAGGGAAAUUUUAUACAGUUAUAAACCACUACAACCUGGCCAAACAAACGAUCACACGAUCCGUAUCUCCGUGGAUGACAGUGCUUUCAGAAGAGAAACUUUCUGAGCAGGAGACUGAAGCAGCUGAGAAAUCGGCUUAACGUGAUUGAUCUUGUUGAUUGGAAGGUAUCAAGGGGGCUUUCAUCGAACGUCUCAUUGUUAUGGAUAAUUUAGAGGUUACUCAUAUUUAUGGUGCAAUUGCUUUGGUUUGCCGAUAACUGCUUUGCAAAAAGGAAAAAUAAGAAAAUAAAAACUUAGACCAUUAAUGGCCAAGUGCAUAUCAGCAUUGCUUUAGAGCUUUAACACCAGUUUCUCUGUUAAUAAUUCCAACUUAGGUACCUUCUUGCAGUUUAGAAUUCCAUUGAGCCAUCCAGGGGUUUGGACACAGGGGAGAAUUGUGCAUUUUACUGUGUGUACUAAUGUUUCAUUUUUAAAUCAGUUUUGCAAUCUGAAUUAUCAUAGCCAUAACUAGAAAUUAUGUGGGUUAGUUAAUAAACUGUAUUUAAAAUUGGUUUGCGACUCAAAGAUGAGUACCAAAAAAUAAAGUUGGCCUGUUUUUUCUCACUGUAACAGAUAUGUUAGAAGUAAUUAAGUUCUUUGCAACAAGGCAUGCUUAAUUGUUGUUUUGUUAAAGCUGUGAACAUUUCACUGCAUUUCCACUAUGGCUAGAGAAUCUUGUAUAUGGACUUGCACUGACACAAAACAGACACUACGGAAAUGUACAUUUUAAUGGUGGAUCAUGAUGUUUAGUGAAUGUGCAAAAAUGUUAGGCAGCAAAAUAUUCUGAUAAGUAGUGGAGCCCUACGGAACAGACAAAAAAAGCCACUGUAGAGGUAGCCCACAAUGUAAUAUGUGCAACACGACAGGAGGAGUAGUUUUCUUAGAACUUUCUCUUUUUGUACAACAUUAAAAGGUUUCCCUUUUUAUAUGUUGCAAAAUGCUUUGCGUUAGCAGCACUCUUUGGGCAUUUUCUAAUCUUUAGACAUUAAGGCUGCAACCCUAAGCAUAUUUACCCGGAAAACAGUUCCACUGGACUCAGUGGGACUUUCAUGUAAACAUUUUAGAACUGGGUGUAAGGGAAAAAAUGCAUUAAAUGCAUAAAAAUAGCCCUAUUCCCAUUGCAUUUCUGAAAUGGCAUGUGGGGAAAGGGAGAAUAGGAGACAGGCUGCCUUCUUGAGAUAAACUUGGAUGGGGUGGGUGAUGGGUGGGGGGAGUAGUAGACAAGCCUAGAAUUGUAGGUGCACGUUUAUUGUGUUGGCAAGUUUCUAAACUAUUACAUGUUUAUUAUUUAUAAACCUUUCAACGUACAUUACAUAAAUAUUUUCAUUAACUUUAUCACUGGAAAAAGCGGCUUAAACAUUGGGUGGUCAACCUGUAGCACGCCUGGAAUAAACCACGGAAAUGUUGCGUGGCAGGCUGUGGCUCAGAGAUUGGCUCUGCCUCUUGCUCAUGUGUCCAGUGCUGUGCUUUUGUGCUAGCAUGCACUGCAGAGGCGCCAGAGCAAUGCUUUAUAAGUAGUGGCACUUGACAGGAUGUCCAAUGGUACAAGUACCCCUGGUUGAAAAGCACUGCACCAGAAUUAUACUCUCUCAAACCUGGGCCUUGACUUGCGUACACUUGACCGAAGGGUUGGUCAUCACUGGAUCAAAGCACUCAGCUGCUAUUUUUGUUCAUGCUCUGAAUGUGCUACUUCCCAGUGGACAUGUCAAAAGUUUCAUUAUUUUUGUAGACACAUGCUUUCCAAAAACACAUAUGUAGUAGAACAAACAUGGUUGGUUCCACUUCUGGUUACAUUUUCUCCCGAUACAUUUCAGCAUCACGAGCCCGCUUAGCAAAAGCCAGUUGUUUUUUUCAUUAAGAACUUUUCAUACUGAACAUAGUUUCAUGUUGUAAAAGAACUUUUAGUAUGUCAUCAUUACUGUGUGGAAUGCAUAAAAGCAAUAAAUUAUGUGCCAAAUCUUUCUUUUGCAUUUUGAAAAAAAAGUUCGGUCCCAUAUAAACAUAUUAAACUAUACCAUGUUUGUAUUUCCUAGUAGUCAGGUACUUUAUUGAAUGUAAAUUCACAUGUAACUUUUGACAUUUUCACUCUGUGUAAAAUAAAGAAAAAGGAGGAUAA